AAGUUAUUCUGCAUUGAAAAAUAUGUAUGUCAUGGGAUUUUAUAAUAAAUUCUAAUAUUUGGAUGUGGAAUGACAAGUAAAACGUUAUCGAUAUUUCUACGGGAUAUCGAGGAAUUUCAGGAAAGUGUUUAAAGAUGGAUUCAAAACAAGAACGUAUUCCAGUAGGAAACGAACAAAUGGUUGCAAGAUGUUCAAAUUUCUCCAUCGAUGAAAUCUUAAAACCAACAUUUGGGCCACCAAAACGACAUUGGUUAUCUGCGUUUUCCAGUGUUGGAAAAGGGUCAAGAACAAUUUCCACAUCCGGUCUCAGUUUAGAUCUACAGAGAGACAGACAUGAGUCCGCUUUUGUCAGACUUUCACCCUCGGACUCUCAAGCUUCGGUAUGUUCAAGUCCUGAUUCAAACCCAGCAGCUGGCAGUCCGGUAGCCAUUUCCCCUGGGUCAGACGGAAACGAGAAGCCCAUGUGGCCAGCGUGGGUGUUUUGUACCAGAUACUCCGACAGACCCUCCUCGGGUCCACGUUCUCGGAAAAUCAAGAAAAAGAAAACCCCGGAUGAAAAAAGACCAAGAACAGCCUUUUCAACGGAACAGCUACACAGACUGAAAUCGGAGUUCGAGGAAAGUCGUUAUCUCACAGAAAAAAGACGAUUGGAGCUCUCAGAAGAACUCAAACUGUCCGAAUCUCAAAUCAAAAUCUGGUUCCAAAACAAACGUGCUAAAAUUAAAAAGUCUACGGGAUCUAAGAAUGCCCUGGCACUGAAUUUAAUGUCACAAGGACUCUAUAACCAUUCCACAGUCACUCUGUCCGAUGAAGGUGAUUCUUAGUGCUAAUUUUGAGACAUAUGUUAUACAUGUAUAUAUUUUCUACUGAUAUCUAUAAACGCGUUUUGAUUUAUCAUUUGCACAAGGCAUUUUGCCCGUAAUUGUAAUAAAACAUGUUUACUGUA